AUGGAGGAUGUUUUAAAUUUUGCUAACGUUUUAAACACUUAUGUUAACAGUAUAUUCCCUCAUUACGAGCCCAUUAUAAACGAUGAUGAUUCCUCUUCCAAUAUAUCUAAUGAUACUUCUCAUGAUAUACCUAUAGCUCAUAAAGUUACAUACACAGGUCUCACUGCAUUAAUUUUGAUAAUACUUGUACUGCUAUGCUUAAUAACAGUAAACAUAAAAUCUGUUUUCAUGGUCAACAAGUCUCUUGACCAAUCAAUCAAUUCAAUAUAUUCCCCAAAUAAAGAUGGAUUUUUACACAUAAUUGAUAAAAUAAACAAUAAUAGCACUGAAUUACUGUCUAGCACAAUAUCUGAUUCAAAUAUUUCUGGUUCUAACGUUAAAUCAGUUAAUUUGACACUGGAACACACGAAUCAUAUUAUCAACAUAGAUCAGAUAAAAACUAGAUCGGAUAUCGCAAUGUGGAUACAGUUUGGACUCAUACCUAACCUAUUUCAGGGUUUAAACACAUUUAACAAUUGGGUUACUAACACUCUUCUCUUAACGUUCACUGGGAAUGGAAAAAUAUACAAAUACAAUGUCCCUUCUGAUGUUGUAUCAAAGUCAAGUGUUCUUUUACACUCAAAACCAUCUAAGGAUAACUCUGUUGCUACUGAUUCUGGUCGAAACAUUCAUUACAGUUACAAUUAUGACCCGAAUACAUCUGCAAACUAUCAGUUUGUACAUGGAGAAACAAUUGACGAAAUCCUCUCUUCUUUGAUGCAGGGGACUUCUUACUUAAACGGGGAACCGUACUUUCCUCUAAAUGCCAUAAUUUCAAACGAGAAGAUAAAUCAAAUUUCUGUUGACUUCAUUACGAACAACAGAGUAUCCAACGUCUUUAGCUCAGUAAACAUUAAUUUUAAAAUCAGAGACAAAACUACGAAAGUAAACGGGCUUGACGUAGUUGACUCAGUAAUUGAUCCUCUGGUAAUAGUUUCAUCGUAUCGGAUAAACACAAGUCUGUUUCCACUAAUUCUGGAUGCAAUUCUCAUCGCACUCUUAAUCGCAAACACAAUCUACACAAUUGUCAUGUUCAAGCUUUAUCCUAAAUCAUUUUUUAUAUUCGACUAUUUUUUCGACUCAGUGUUCAAAAUAUCAGUAUUUCUUUCGCUGGUUUUCUUCAACGCGAUUGCGAUUUUUGCAAACUACUCUCUCCCUAGAGUUGCAAAUAAUACCUGCGACAAGGCUUUCUGCAUAUCUGACGUCGUUCUGGGCUACUACGACGUUAAACUUGACCACGAAAAAUUACUCAAACUAACCUUCAGCAGACUUAAAUUCAGCAUCAGGGUUACGAUUAUUGUUUUUGGAUUGCUGUGCUUCUUCGUCAUGCUUUCCGUCAUUACAUCCUUCAUAUCAACGUGGCUGGUUGUUAACAAGAAUAAUCAACUGUCUCUUACCUAUAAGAGGUACUACUACCACCUCAAAAUGCCACUAGUGUCACUGACGGUUGGCGUUGUACUUUCUAUUAUGCUUAUUGCCUUAUUCAGCUCAUCGGUUGCUCACAUGUUCAAAUCUUCAUCGCAUUCCGUCGUUCACAACUUCUUUGCUCUUUUCAACCUCAUUCUUGGCAUUUCAAACGAUGCGACGCUAAAGUACAUUGACAACUAUAGCGUAAUAUACUCUAUCGUUUUCAUCAUGCUUCUGCUCAUAUCGUUCUACUUAGUUGUUAUUCUUGUUACCUCUCUUCUACUCAUGCUUGACGACAACGACAAGUCACUAAACUUUAGUAAAAGGGCUGUUUCCUGGAAAUAUGACAACUUUAGGCUUAUCAAGUUCAUUCAAAGGUUUUCAAACCUGUAUAAUAAAUUAAAGCAUUUCAUCGGAUCUAUGAUAUUUCAUUCAAAGCCUAUUCAUAUACAGAACACAAGGUCAAAAAUAAAAUCAGAUCCUAUAAAGAACAUGGUUGAGGACGACGAAAGUGACAGCUCCAGCAUAUUCGAUAACAAAAAGUCAAAGUUCAGGUUUUAUUUGGUUAAUUUCUUCAGAUUUAUUACUUAUUUUAUACUCGCUGGCUGUAUUAUUGCCUUUUUAUACUAUGAAUAUAACUGCUCUAAGGUUUCUAAGGUCAUUUCAGAUACCAUAGAGGAACAAAUUCGUAGAACACGCAAAAGGUUCAAUUUUGAAAUGAAGCUCUAUAACAUGAAAUACACUGAACUUCUUAAAGUCAUCGACACUCCUCCAAGUAGUCACAAUGCCGAUGUCACUAUCGAGUCUACAAUUCCCGACUCAAUGAUAUCAACAUUCAAUGAUCUUUAUUAUUGGCUUAACAUUGGUUCUGUUAGAUCACUGUUUAGACGUAUAGACACUUCUGGUCGUGAUGAUCUUCCCCAAAGUGACUCUCCUAUUAUCGCAAUUAAUUCGAGAUACUUUCUACACCCUAAUAAGAUGCCUGUUCUUUUCAGCCUUUACUUCUACAUUACUCCUCCAAAAUACCUUGUUGCAAACAUGAAAAAGACUAUUUUUCACGACAGGUACUACCAAUUAAUGAUGAUUGAUGAAGAUGUACAUGGUUUUGAAAACCUCUUCGACAACAUGAUCAACACAAUACCAGAUACUGUUAAAAAGGUUAUGCUAGAUAUAAUCGUUGUCGAUUCAAAGUUCCAUAACAAGAUUUACAACGCUAACAUCAAGUUUUACAUGGAGAAGUCUGGAAUGAUGACUCACGAGGUCAAGGUCCAGAACGUGUUUUCCAUAUUUCUUCCUCCGAAGAAUAAAAACAUAAUCUACUAUGCAAUUCUUGUCUGUACCUGUUUGUUUUUGCUGAUUCUGCUUGGGCUACUGAUUAAGGAUAUAGAUAAUUUCAGAAAGGGUUUCUUCAUGUAUUAUCCACGAUCUAAUGCUGUACACAUGAUUAUCAUGUACUAUCUCAACGACGUCAGAAGGUUAUUGGAUCUUAUCAUCAUUGCUUUUGUCGUGAGCUUACUCACUCUUUACAUUUCUAUACUUGUUUAUCGUACAAUAAUCAUUAAACACAUUGAUGAAUUUCAAGACAUUUUUUACAGAUAUUAUUAUCAACUCAUCACUAAAAAGAUAUUUUAUAUUCACUCAUCAAUCGGAUUUUUACUUACAGGAAUCAUAGUCUUUGGCGUUAUCUUAAAGAACCGUACAGUCCGACACUACCUAUACGUAGGCAUAUCUGUACUAUACCAAAUGAAGUACCUCUACGCUAACAUCAUUUUCUACUUCCUUGUUAUGGUUUUCACAUAUCUCUUCUUUUUCUAUUUCAUUUCUAAGGACUAUUUCUCAGGUAAUUUUUCUAUGUUAUAA